AUGGCUUCGGCAAAGGAUGGAUCGAAAACGAAUGUGCCAACUCUAUCGCAAGGAGCUCAUCGGCAGCCAACGAUGGGUUUAUUCGAUGCAAUUAAUCUUCUAUUAGCUUGCAUUAUCGGUUCAGGUAUAUUUAUCAGUGCUAAAGCCGUCUUAGAAUAUUCAGGUUCGUACGGUCUUUCGAUUACUGUAUGGGUUGGUUGUGGUUUACUUUGUAUAAUGGGAGCACUAUGUUAUGCUGAACUCGGUUGUGCAUAUGUUUCAUCAGGCGGUGAUUAUACGUAUCUUCGAGUUGCAUUUGGUGAUUUUCUUGGUUUUCUUCGUGUUUGGAUUGAAGUUGUUCUAUCUCGGCCAAUGAUUGUUGUCUUGAGUGUCCUGACUGCAUCGAACUAUCUCGUUUAUUGGUUCUAUCCGACUUGUACGCCACCCGAUAUUCUGGUGAAAUGUUUAUCGUCAUUUCUUCUACUAAUUGUCGGAUUUAUUAAUUUAAUAUCAGCUGAUUGGGCAAAUCGACUUCAUCAAAUUUGCAAUUAUUUCAAAAUUGCUUCACUAUUGAUCGUUAUUGGCGCUGGAUUAUAUCGGAUGAUUCUUGGUCGUGUCGAAAAUUUCGCCGAACCAUUCGAAGGUUCAACAUACAGUCAACUACCCAGUGCACUCUAUGCUGGCUUAUUUCCCUACGCUGGAUGGAAUUAUCUGAAUAAUGCCAUCGAUGAUCUAAAAGAUCCAAAACGACUUUUACCACUUUCAAUUGUUAUAUCACUUUUUAUAUGUAUAAUGAUUUAUUUUCUAACGUUCAGUUCGUAUUUCACUGCGUUAUCAGCAUAUGAUAUUUUAAUUUCUGACGCAACAGCAGUGACAUUUGCUGAACGUGUUUUUCCACCACUUUUAUAUAUCAUACCAAUCGGAGUGACAAUGUCUUGUGUAGGAGCUGCAUCGGGUAAUAUUUUCACUGUUGUGCAAAUGUUUAAUGUUGCCGGUCGAGAUGGUCUUAUGCCAUUCAUAUUCUCCAUGCGACACUACGAAACUAAUGUACCCAUGAUUGCAAUUAUGUUCGAAAUCAUAGUUAGUUUUAUUUUCCUUUUCUUCAUGUCAAACAUCGGAAAGUUAAUCAUUUGUGUUGGCAUGAUCAAUUGGACAUGUAUUUUGUUGGCAGCAGUUGGCUUAAUUGUUCUUCGUUAUAAACAUCCGGAUCGAGAACGACCAAUCAAGAUUCCAUUAUUAAUUCCUAUUCUUUUCAUCACCGUUCUAGUUGUAUUGAUCGGUGCAAGUGCUGUGACUGAUCUUGAAAAUAUUAAAACAUCGUUAACACUUCUUGGCACUGCUGUACCGGCCUAUGUCUUCGGUGUGAUGUGGAAAAAGAAACCGGCUAGUUUUAAUCGAAAAUAUAAUUCCUUUGCGAUCACUCUACAACGAUUAUUUCAUGUUGUUCAUGAUGAACACACUGACUAG